AAACCAUCAAUCAACACAAGUCUAUUCCAACGAAAUUGUCAGCACAAAAUAAAGAUUUUCACAAAAUGCCCGAGAAUCCAAGAAAUGGGAAGGUCCCGCAGAGUGCUUCCCCGGUGGCCAGAUUCGGGGCUGGAGACAUCUCGGAGCGGGAGCUGUCUCAGGAGCGGCACAACUUGAGGACCACUACUCCACCCACACGCGUACAACCAGCACACCCCAAGAAGCAGUUGUUCUCGACUCCGGUCAGCAAGUUCACAGCCAAGGUCUCCGGGCCCAGCCCCAACCUGCAGAGGAUCCAGAGCUGCCUUGAGGACUACAGGAGCCAGGCGACUCCGGCCAGGCCUGUGAAGAUUGGGCCCAAAGCUGUCUCUAUGGAGGACUUGACUCCUAAUAAACGAGUGAAGAGAGAAAGGCAAGACAUUCACCUGCCGGUGGUGAUGUCCCCUGGUCCGCAGACGGCGGUGGAAGUCCAGGCGGCGGUGAAGAUCGCCAAGUUCCUGAUGAUGAGCGCCUGGCGCCGCCGGAGGGAGGAGGUGCGCUGUCUUAGGAAGACGCUGGAGUUCCAGGUUUCAUGCUCGGAGCGCCUGCGCAUCCAAGUAUCAACGUUGAAGUCUCUGCUAGACUCCGACAACGCUAAGGUCCGCCUGGCGAUGAGAGAGCUGGAGCGGUUGAAACAGCUCGUAAGAGAGAAAGAGAUGGAGAAGGCCGUGUUGGAGAGGGAAAAGGUCGCGCUUGAAAAAGACGUGUGUGCUGCAGAAGACCAAGCGUCGGAAAUGAGCAUCGGUUGGCGGAACUGCCGUAACGAGUUGGAGGACGUGCGAACCGCAGCCAGUCUGUGCGAGCUGGCCCUGGCCAACGAGAGGGCAGCCGUCGCUGAAGCCAGGUCUCAGAGGGAUCACGCUUAUAAAAGGCUGGCAUCUUUAGAAGAUGAACUGGCCCAGCACGAGGCAUUACUGUCUGCAGCCGAAGAAGAAGUGGCCACCCUGAGGCGGGAGGCAGACGAGAGACAACGCGUCUUGCAAAUCACUAGUGAAGAACUAGCUGUGGAACAAGAAGCGCGCAACCGCUGCACGCGCGAGUGCGCGCUGCUGUCGGCGCGCGUGUCGCGGGCGGCCGACGAGGGCGGCGCGCUGCGCGGCCAGCUGGGGCUGCUGCGCGCGGAGCAGGCGCGGCUCGCGGCCGAGCUGGCCCUCACCAGGGAGCAGCUCAACUGGUGGCCCAGGCCUCUUACCAAAUUAAUGGGGUUGAUCCGCUCUCUGUUCCGCUCGCCGCUGUCGCUCCCCGAGACCAUAAUGUGGGCCAUGCUCCCUGCAAGGCAUGGUUGCUGACCAAUCGUCCAAUCUACAUCAACUCUGGUUUACAAAUUACUUUUCUUAUAAAAAUAUAGGAUAAAUAAAGAAGUGUCGGAAUGUCUCCAACAGCUGGACUUUAACUGCCCAAAACAAAGUGGAUUGGAGAAGAUUGAAGAAAGCCUACACUAAAAUUGUCGAAGAAAGCUAUAGGAUUCAUAUCACCACUUACU